CGGCUCACUAACGCUGCAGCUCAUGAAACUUCUGACCCGUUAUGUUCCAGUCCGUCUCUGAGAGCCGCUGCUUCGUCUUGGAACCAGGACCAGAACUUGAACUGUAGAAUCCCGGAUCCUGAUGGACAGUUUGACAGGUCAGCAGCUUCUCAAGUGUCUGAAAGUUUUGGCUCCAGCACAGUGAACAGAACCACAGCUGACCUGGCAAGCCUGGGGCCUCAUUCCAGCAGGUUGUCCUGAAGUGACCGAUCCGGACACUUAGAGGGAAACGGCACCUGAUCCAACAUGGCCGCCUCUGAGGUCAACCUGGAGGACUUCAGCGUUUACGCUCACCUGGCCGACGAAGAGCUGGUCCAAAUCGCCGUGGAGAGAAGUCUGUCUGACAUACAUCAGCAAACAGACACUGAUCAGAGGUCAGCACCAAGGGCCCGGCCUCCAGAACCCAGAAACCCAGAACCCCCCACCGACCCGCCACGAUCACAACACAUCCAGAACUGUGCCAACCCUCCAACCGCCCUCACCCAGUUCCUCUACAGCCCCCUCAACAGAGAGUCCAGUUCUCUGCUGAAGCUCAUCAUGGACGGAGACGCUGAGGCUUUAAUGGACCUGGUCCGGCAGCGGCCCAGCAGUCUGACCGAGCCCUGCAGCCAAGGCUGGGUCGCUAUCCAUGAAGCUGCCUACUACGGACAGCUGCAGUGUGUCCGGAUCCUGCUCAGAGUUGACCCCAGCUCAGUGAACAGGUGUACGCUGAAUAAUGAAACUGCUCUGCUGCUCGCUGCUCUCCGAGGAAACGCUUCCUGUGUCGAGUUCCUCCUGAAGCACGGAGCCAACGUGAAUACUGCCAACAAGCUCCGAGAAACGCCUCUGUUUCUAGCCUGUGAAAAUCCAAACGAAGAGGUUGUGGAGUUGCUGCUCAGGUACGGAGCUCAGGUGAACCUCAGCAGCAUUCAGGGUGAGAGUCCUCUGCACGAAGCCUGUAGACACGGCGACCUGAUGGUCUGCAGGCGGCUGCUGGACGCCGGCGCCAACCUGAAAGCCAGGAACGUCUACCAGAUCCAGCCAGUGUUCAGCGCCGCCCAGAACGGAAACGCAGAGACCCUGCAGCUGCUUGUUCAGAGAGGUGCAGAUGCAAACGAACAGGCAGGAGAUGGAGCUUCUCCGCUUUAUGAGGCCUGCAAAAACGGCCACUUCUCAGUGGUGCAGGCGCUGCUCACUCUGAAGGCUGACCCUAACCGAGCCACCAACUCCGGCCUGCUGCCUCUUCAUGUGGCUGUGAGGAACGACCACAAACGGUCAGAAACGCUCCGAUGGGUUCCCUGCAUGCGUUCUUUCAGAAGCCAGGCUGAAGGAACCAAGUUAUGCAUGACGAACUCCAACGUCCGAAUUGUAUCCUUGCUGAUCCCGCUCACCAGCCGGGUCAGAAUCAGGACCUGUGGCAUUAGCCCCCUGCACAUCGCCGCAGACAGGAACAGGGACGAGAUUCUGGAGCUGCUGAUUGAGUCGGGCUUCGACGUCAACGCCGAGCUGUCGGAGGAACAUUCCCAGAUGUACGAGGACAGGCGGAGCACCGCCCUGUACUUCUCCGUCUCCAACGGAAACCUGGAAGCCGCCGAGAUGCUGCUGGAAGCCGGAGCCGACCCCAACCUGGACAUCUUCAACCCUCUGUUGAUCGCCGUCCGGCUGGGCUGGACCGACAUGGCGGAGCUGCUGGUGCGGUACGGCGCCGACGUCAACGCUCAGAUGUCCACGCAGCCGUCCUCGUUCCCGUCGGCCAUCCUGCUCGGCAUGGAGUCUCCGCCCAUCCUCAAACUGCUGCUGGACAACGGCUGCGACGCCCGACUCUGCUUCCGGUGUGAGUAUGGCCUCCAACCGCAUCCGACCGUCGCUCCGUCACGCCAUCCCACUGAAGAACUGCAGGUGAACCAGCGCUCCCAGCCGCAGCACUGCAUCCAGUACUGCCAGGCCAUCUCCAGCUCAUGUUUCUGCCGGAUAUCCGGCCCCAUCAUCUCCAUGCUGCUGGACUACGUCGGCCACGCCCGUCUCUGCUCUCAACUUCUGGAGAUUCUGGACAGUCGCAGCGAUUGGGCGUCCAUCAAACUGAAAGCUGCUCCUCCUCAUCCUCUGAUGCAGCUCUGCAGGCUGAAGAUCCGGUUCCUCCUCGGAGUUCAGAGACUCAAACUGAUCCACACUCUCCCACUUCCUGUCCGGCUCAUCCGCUUCCUUCGCUACGACGUGUGCUGCCGACUCACCUGAGAUCAGGCGACACACCUGUCCCUGACUUCAUGCUUGGACCUGUUUAUUUCUGCUUAUGCAUCUGCUGAGGUACAGCAGCCAUGUUGGGACAUUUUUAGUGAAGACGGACUCUGCCAGGAAGCCGAACCGGGCCUUAAUUUAUCCGACCAGAACCAUCACAUAAAAUUUGAUGAUUCCAACGGCGCUCCAUGUUUCUGCCAGACUCUGGAGCUCAGGGCGGACUGCAGCCAGACUGACGGACAGAACCUCCGUCCAGGUUUCUGGAUCAGAAACCUCUCUGAUCCAGAGGUUUCUGAUAUGAAACGGUGAUGUGAUUUUGUUGGAGGUUGUGUUUUCUGAAGCGACACUAGGGGGCGCCAGAGAAGCCGUUUCUGUGUGAAUCAGAGCUUUCAGUCUCUCUGCAGCAGAAGCUUUUCAGCCCUGAAGGAAAAAGUCAAUAAUUAAUCCGCUCUAUGUCUCUGACCAUAAAUGUUCCAAGCAUUUACAUAUCAAUAAAUAUUGAUUAUCUAUCAUACUGUCUAUAAAGCAAGCAGGAGGAGAUGAGAAGGAGGUUUGUUCCUAUGAAAACGUUUCUGGAAGCUGUCGGUCUGCGACUCCUCUCCCUUCAGAGAGAAAACGGACCUGAAAACCUUCCGGGUCCAGAGUCCUCGCUGCCUCAGGUGUUUCAUCAGAACCUGGAGGAUAAUCCAGAUUUAUUCUGGAAGCAGAGCUGCAGCAGAAUAUAACCUUAAUUAUAAACUAGCCACACUUAGUGGAAGAAUAUUCUACCUGGUUAAAGAAAUUCUGUUCAGUCUCUUAAUAAUGUUUCACUUGGAUAAAGAUGGUACCAUGAAGGCUGAAAAUUUAGGAUUUUAUUGGCAGUUAAAAACCAUCUGAGGUUGGAUUUUGUGGAAAUAAUUCUUUCCCUUUCUGUAAACCUGAAUCCUUAAAAAUCUGAAGCUGAAUAUUUCUUAAUGUUUCUCUGACUCAAAGAUGUUGAGUUGCUGUAACAUGUUUUUUGAUUACAUUGAACUGAAACGUUUU